CGCGGCCGGUGGGGUAGUGCCACAGCAACCUCUCCAAGCGCUCGGUGGCAACUACGAGGAGGAAGAUGACAGCAAUGGUAACUGGGCGCCCACCCCGAUCCCCAUCUGUGAAUAAAACUAGCUGGUGCUGUGGGAGAACGGAGACGAUUCGGUCCAUAUGCGGCGGGUGUAACCGAUGAUGGCACUGCCACAUUGCGCAUGGAUUGAUUGACAUGGACAAAUAUCGCUUCACCUGCUGCUUCUGCGACUCGCCGAUUAGGACUGCGGCGGGAUGUUCGUGUCACAAGUGCGUGGGCAAUGCCAGGUACAGAACCAACUCUGCAACUCGUGCACAAGGCGGCCACGUACGAGCGAGUGCCGUUGAUCGAACGGCGGGGCGGCGGAAGCCGACGACCAGCGUUUUCAAGCUCAAGCCCGACCCCCUGCUCGCAGGAGAUAGCUCGAGCGGCUGGCAGAAGGCAGUGUACUCUGUUUCCACGACCACUCGGGGUGAGCGCGUCACCGUCGUCACGAACUUCAUCCCCAACGAGCCUGGAAGCUACAAGAUUGUCUGCUGCAGCAGCCAGUGCAUCUCCACCACCCACGCGCAGGAACCCGACCCCGCCGAAAACGUCCAGCGAAUGGCAGUCGCCCGGUGUGACCACGCCAUCGUAGUCGUUGGAAGCGGGACACUCCCAGUCCCGAGGGCUGGCAUUCGUGACGCCACGCCUGUCGUGUUUGGCAAGAACGGAGAAGGAGUCGUCGCCUUGGCUGACAAGGCAGCGCAAGAGAUGCAGUUGGGACAGAGCGGUCUGUCGGACGUUUUGCGAAUGGCGGCGAUGGCCGAGGAGCAUGAUAUGCCGUUGUUGGUGCACUUCAGCGACACCAGAAGCUACGCCGUGUACCACCCAGGGCAUCGAUCAAUUGCAGAAGGCUGGGCGGUCGUGCAGUGCGAAAUCGACUUGCAAGAUGGAGCUGGUGGUGCACGAAGGAGUAGGAGGACACCCGCGAAGAGGAGUUCCCAAAGUUUCCGAUGCAAGGCUAAUGGAGGGACGCCAUGCGGUGCAGCGAGGAAGUCCAAGCGUGGGAGGUGUGUCCACACGAACAUCACGGCGCUGGGUGUUAUGGGCAGCCAAAUUAGCGAGGAGCCCAUCGACGAGGAGGAAGGGGAAGGUUCCGGCGACGAAGGCGUUGGCUCAGCGGCGUCAGAGUAUAGGCGCAACAAACCCGCGUUUGCAUCAAAGGUAGACAAGCUGUUGAGGGUAAUCGGCACCAUCAAGUUCCCGGUAGAGGUCCUUGCUGUCCUGACCGACGAGGGAGCAAGGGGCAGUCUCGACGGCGUUGGCGGCAAGCGAAAAGAGAUCUGCAGCCUCCAGGCGGUGUGCCAAAAGUGCGGCAACAUGCUUGGCCUAUUGCGAAGCGAAACGAUCACAGCCGUGGUUCCGGGUCCGGACUUGCAGGAAGUUGUGAUAAAGAUCAAGGGCUGUGAGGGCUGCGGUGUGGAAGCAGUGACGGGUGAUGAUUGGCGAGAGCACGGGUAUUUCCUGUUCGGCAACAAGUUUGCGGUACAUCUCUCGCACAUGGUCACGGCCCGGCAUGCCGUUCAAGGAGGCACGGCCAUAAGCCAUGCGUCCAACAACCUCCUCCGACCUUUGACGAACAACCUGCGAUGGAUGAGCCAGAACAAGUUGGCGAGAAGAGUCCUACAAAACAAUUACCUCACGAAGCAGUUGGUGGACGCCUUCGUUUGCUUCGAGGCCCUCACCGACCACCCGUACGCGUUCCGCAGCUACAAGCACGGCUACACCCCACUUGUCAGCGAAUGGGAUGGCUGCAACAAGCCGGCCGUGAACAUCAGCAUGGAAGAGUAUUUCGGAGCGCGCGAGGAGCAGGUGGUGGACAUGGACCUCGACUGGCUCUGGCUCAUCAUCAGCAUGCUGUCGCCGAUGGUGUCGUCUGGAGACACUCCAGUUCUCCCAGGAGAUGUCGAGGCAGCCGAUGGCAAGGUACUCAUGGACUACGUGGCGACGAAGGGAGAGGGGCAGCUGUUGGAGGACAUGUUGGAAGGCAUGACCAAGGACGACCUGGACGCCUUGUACUGCUUGUGCUUUGGGAAGAACGGGCCGGGAAUGAGCAGGUACAGCACGAAGGCACUGAUGCAGAAGCUGUUCAAGGAUGUGGCGGAGCAUUGGGGGAAAACAAACUUCGGGAAGGAGGACUGCGCUAAGUUCUUCGUGGACAGAGGGGGGGUGUUGGUGUCGUCUGGCGUCGAGGGCGGAUAUACACCAGAUGGGGUCAUGACGUGCCACAUGUUCAUGUUGCGCGCGGAGAGUGCAUCGGACUUGGCGGUGCUGCUGCUCCACCAUUUGAACUGGAGACGAACCACUUGA